GGUGUGAAAACAGAGAGCGUGCGAGGUCGUGCUGCUCCUACGUUUAAAUACAUGUAACUAAUGUUUACCAACAGAAAAGCUCUGUCAACAACCAAGCAUUCAAGAUGGUUCACACAUCCCUCCUGAUACUGCUGUGUUUCGGGAUUCUCGGAAACACAAGGGGAGUUGAGGAUGACAGAAGUUCUUGCCAAAAUGUCCAAACACCGGAUCAGAGGCGAUGUCACGUGUGCCAGGAUGCACCAAGGGACGUCACUCUAAUAAUACGCAAUGUUCUCAAAAGACCUUUCUUCGAAGAAGAGAUAAAAAUUAACUGCACGCGCUACCAAACCCUCUUCUACAUCAUGCAGCAAGCUGCUGAAGCCAACACAGCUUUCCAGUUCAAGGUGACUUACUUCAAACGGUUUGGCUUCUUCGUCAACGAGAUCAACAACGUGGGCGGCAAUUACUUUCUGGACCAGACGUGGUGGGAGAUUCUGGAUAAAAACAUGACCUUUACGCCAGGUGUGAGCUCAUACAUACCUCCACAUGGCGAGAUUGUCACCUUUAACCUUACGGCGACAAGACAUCACUGAUCACAAAGCUGAUAAAAAGCUGGUGAAAGCUGGCUUUCAUCCCGGGACCAGAAAAGGAAGACAAGUUUUGAAUAUUCAUACAACUUGGUUCACCCAUAAAAGGGUGUUUACUUACUUUUAGCUUUAUGAUAUACAUAAAAUAUGCAUGCCUUGAAUAGUGUUGAUGUUGUUGUCAACAAAAUAGAAUUACGUGGCAGAGACAAACUGUAAAAAGAUAAUUUUCGACCAUUUGUGCAAAAUCAGUUCGGUAAGUAAAGGUGACAUCAGGAGAGGGAGAAAGAAGGUAAAUAUUUUUUCUUUGCAUUCUUCCUUCCUUCUUUUUCCUUCGUCGUAUAUUUUUGUUUAUUCUUGUAUGCCUGUGUCCAUUUUAUAGCCUGAUUCUUUAACCACUAGCAAGACUCUAGUCUUUCACAUGACCUUUAGAAACUCCAGAAUGCUUUGAACUGUGUCACGUGAUCAGUGUGUUCUACAAGUCUCCUGAACUUAAAAUGUCAGUUGAACACUGCUUCUUGGAAUAAAUGUGAACAGAGUCA